AUUAAAUAAAAUGUUUGUAGGUUAAUUUAAUAAAAAUGAGUAUCUUUAAUAAAAUAUUUCUUAUUACUGGUGGUGCAAGAGGCCUUGGGAAAGGUUUCGCUCAAGCUGUUGUCCAACGGGGUGGUAAAGUCAUACUUGUAGAUGUUCUAAGAGACUUUGGCAUUACAACUGAAAAAGAGUUGAAUGAAGUUUAUCCAGGACAAUCUGUAUUUUAUGAGGGAGAUGUUACAAAUGAAUUAUCUAUGAGAAAAAUUUGGGAAGAUGGAGAAAAAAAAUUCAGUGGACCAGUAAAAGUAUUAGUUAACAAUGCUGGUAUUUUUCAUUCAGGCAAUUGGAAAAAAACUGUUAAUAUUAAUUUUGUUUCUCUUAUGGAAAUGACAUACUUAGCUAUGGAAAAAAUGAGCAUCAAAAAAAGUGGGGAUGGCGGUACCAUUAUAAAUAUAGCCUCAGCUGCUGGUUUAGCAAGUGCUGAAGUUUAUGAAAGUAUUCCGUACUUUGUUUCAAAAUCUGCCGUUGUAUCACUUACUAAAUCUCUGGCUAGCUCUAAUGUAUUGGAAAAUGAAGGUGUUAGAGUUGCUGUAAUGUGUCCUACAUUUGCUGAUACUGAAAUGGUACGCAGUAAUCACAAAGUAGUUGAAAUGGUUGCAAAAAAUAAACUUGGGGUUAUGACUGUAGAACGAGUGGUAGCAGACUUUGUUAAAUUAUUUGAAGAUAUUCAUAGUGAUAAGGUUAAAAAUGGAGCUAUAAUGUUGCAAACUUCUGGUGCUGAAUCUCAGUAUAUUAAUCUACCAAAAAUGAAUAUGUCAUCAAAAAUAUAGAUAAUAUAUUUUUAUCUAUUUAAUUUUUAUAGGACAAUUUUGUCUACAAUUUUUUAAUAUAAUUUUUAAUUAUGCUAUAUUUUAAACAAUUGUUUUGUAUAUUUUUUUGAAAAAAUUAAUGUCAAUUUUAA